AUGGCUUCGGCAAUCAAGGCGUUGUUGAUCGUUUGCGCUCUGUUCAUCUACACCGUUACGGCAGAGACGGAAGAAGGACAGAGUGGAAGAUCGCGGGUCUCCGACGAGCAAUUAAAUAUGGCCUUGAGCGACCAACGUUACUUGAGAAGACAGCUGAAGUGCGCGUUGGGCGAGGCUCCGUGCGACCCGGUCGGGAGAAGAUUGAAAAGUUUAGCACCACUGGUUUUGAGAGGCGCCUGCCCGCAAUGUAGCCCCGAGGAAACACGACAGAUCAAGAAGGUCCUUUCACACAUUCAACGGACCUAUCCGAAGGAGUGGUCGAAGAUAGUGCAGCAGUAUGCCGGAGUUUCGUAA